AUGGCGACGGAAUCACAACGACAACACGCACCGGGCUCGCUCCCGCCGCCUUCGGUGAGCGAGCUCGACGAGAAAGUCUCACAGCACGAUGCAGGCCCUGCAGCCGAUGCAACUGAUGCAGCCCCCGAAGCCGAUGCCCAACUAGCCUUGACGCAAACCAAGAGCGGCAGCGAAAACUACGUCACCGGCAUCAAGCUCCAGCUCGUCUUCGUGGCCUUGUCCCUGGUCGCCUUCCUCAUGCUCCUCGACAUCUCCAUCGUCGCCACAGCCACCCCCCGAAUCACCAGCGACUUCCACUCCCUCACCGACGUCGGCUGGUACGGCAGCGCCUACCUGCUCGCCAACUGCGCGCUGCAGCCGCUCGCCGGCAAGAUCUACACCUACUUCAACUCCAAGAUCGUCUUCCUCACCUUCUUCGGCAUCUUCGAGCUCGGCUCGCUGCUGUGCGGCGUCGCGCAGUCCUCCAAGAUGCUCAUCGUCAGCCGCGCCGUCGCCGGGCUCGGCGGCGCGGGCCUCAUGAACGGCGCGCUGACCAUCAUCUCCAUCGCCGUGCCCCUACCAAAGCGGCCCAUGUACAUGGGCGCCAUGAUGGCCAUCGCGCAGAUGGGCGUCGUCGUCGGCCCCCUCCUCGGCGGCGCGUUCACCGAGUACACCACCUGGCGCUGGUGUUUCUACAUCAACCUGCCCAUCGGCGCGCUCGUCGCCGCCCUGCUCCUCGUCAUCUCCAUCCCGACGCAGGUCAAGCCGCGCACCGACACCGUCCUCCGCACCGUCCAAACCAAGCUCGACCUCCUCGGCUUCGUGCUCUUCGCGCCCUCCAUCAUCAUGCUGCUGCUCGCCCUCGAAUGGGGCGGCAACGACUACGCCUGGAACAGCGCGACCGUGAUUGGGCUGUUCUGCGGCGCCGGCGCGAAUUUUCUCGUCUUCUUGGCGUGGGAGUGGCGCAUGGGCGAGGAGGCCAUGAUCCCGCUCGGCAUGCUGAAGAUCCGCACCGUCUGGGCGAGCUGCGCGUUCAUGUUCUUCUUCUUCUCCAUGAUGCAGGUCGUGGUGUACUACCUGCCCAUCUACUUCCAGGCGGUCAAGAACGCCUCGCCCAUGAUGAGCGGCGUCGAUCUGCUGCCGAGCAUCCUCAGCCAGCUCAUCAGCACCGUGGGCUCUGGCAUCGCCAUCACCCGAGUGGGCUACUAUCUACCAUUCGCCGUGGCCUCUGCCGUCAUCACCUCGAUCGGCCACGGCACCCUCACGCUGCUCGGACCGCACAGCAGCAUCGGUAGCUGGAUCGGGUACCAGGUCAUCGUCGGCUUCGGCCGCGGCCUCGGCAUGCAGAUGCCCUUCAUCGCCAUCCAAAACUCCGUCUCCCGAAGACUCAUCUCCGUCUCCAUCUCCAUCCUGACCUUCACCCAGACCCUCGGCGGCGCCGUCUUCCUGAGCAUCGCCCAGACCGUCUUCACCACCAGCCUGCGCACGACGAUCCCCCGGUACGCGCCCGACAUCCCCGCCCAGGAGAUCAUCCAGGCCGGCGCGACCGGCGUCUGGAAGACGGUCCAGGACCCGACGGACCUGCAAAACGUGCUGAUCGCGUACAACGAGAGCAUCCGACGCAACUACUACAUUGCGAUCGGGUGUUCGGGCAUCUGCUUCUUCCUGGCGUUUGGGCUGGGCUGGAAGGAUAUUCGGGCAAAGAAGAAGCCCGAGGCCGGAACGGAAGAGGUUUAA